AGCGAAGGUCGCGUAGAGGGGCACUGAUAACAUUGGGACUUGUCGCACUUUGUCAGCCUUCCAAUUUCUUUGUGGCUGCCGAUUGCUGCUGUUAUCGAACUAUAGUAUUGUUAUAGUACAGCCCAAACCACUGCUACACGGUCUAUGAGAAUUCCAAGUCCGUUUGUGAUCAAUCAAUCCGCACUCAAAAACGAUCGUAGUAAUAUCAUCGAAAAUGUUAAAAUUAUCACUACUCGUCGUGGCUGUGCUCUUUGUGGUCAGCGACCAUCAGCAAGUUCACGGCAAAAUGCAAUGUAAAUUGCCAAAGGUUCAAAUUCCAGACGACUGGAUCACCAUGGUGGAUCCGUGCACGAAAAAAUUGAAAGCCCAAGUCCAAGAAGAACUCAUCGCUUCUAUGACAUACUUUGCAAUGGGAGCACAUUUUUCUAAAGACACAAUAAAUCGUCCAGGAUUUGCUAAUAUGUUUUUUGAAAAUGCCAGCGAAGAGCGAGAACAUGCUAUUAAAAUAAUCGGAUAUUUGUUGAUGAGAGGAGGCUUAACUCAGGAUAUUGGUCAACUUAUCCGUGACCCGCAACCAUUAGCUGAGACUUGGGCUGAUGGUUUGAGUGCUUUGAAAGAUGCACUGAAAUUAGAAGCACAUGUGACCCGUAAGAUAAGGGACAUUGCCAGUACGUGUGAAGAACCUGGGCGGGACGGACAAGAUUUCAAUGACUAUCAUUUGGUGGAUUGGUUGACUGGCGACUUCUUAACUGAACAAUAUGAAGGCCAACGCGAUUUAGCUGGAAAGAUAUCCAACCUUGGUAAAAUGAUGGAUUCGCAUGGAGCUCUUGGCGAGUUCCUGUUCGACAAAAAACUGUUGAACGGAGUGUCAGUUUAAUGAUAAAUAUAAUAAUAUUACUCAUAACUUAACUGUUCUUUUCUUUGUAAUGUAAUUAUGAUGUAAAAUUACUAUUACCUAUAUUUUUUUAGAAUUGCUAUGUACCCACUAUAGCCAUAAUGUACAACCCUUAUAUGACGGGGUAAAAUUAAAAUGUGUUACUAUUUAUUAUCAUAUUACUAUUAUAUUCAAAAAUACUUAUUCAAUUACGACAUUAAUAACAGUGUAGUAAAACAUAUACAGAUACACAAUUAGUAUAAAAUGUUUUGUUUAAAUUGUUAGUUUGAUUAAUUUUUUUUAACUAUUACACUACUUAUUUAUAACUAUUACUUUAUAACUGAUUGUAUUAUCUACUACUUACGAA